AUGCCGCUGAACUUCAGCGAGCCGCCGACCCCGACUCUGAGUCGCCAAAACACCUCUUUGGUCGGGAAUCACCACCAGCGACGAACCACACACCCUCACCUGCUGUCAUCACGUCGAAAGCCAAGAAGAUGGCCACUGGUAUUUCGCUUCAUCAAGGGAGCAAUCCACGUGGAGAUAUUGCUACCCGUGUUUCUGCAUGCCGUGUUUACGGCCUUUGUCGUAUACCUCGACACUUAUGCCUUUGAUACCGUCGGAAUACCCUCUAGCAUCAUCCCAUCACUAUCCAUCGUCGUAGGCUUGAUCCUCGUCUUCAGGAACCAGACCUCCUACAAUCGGUUCUGGGAUGGGCGCAAUGGCAUGAGCUCAAUGAACACUUGUGUUCGCAACUUAACACGCACAAUCCUUACCAACAGCUACAGCUCGACGCGCGGCCCGCCUACGCCAGCCGAGCGUGAAGAUAUCGAGCGCACUAUUCGGAUCAUGAUGGCCAUUCCGUACGCUGUCAAGAAUCACUUGCGCGCUGAAUGGGGUGCCGCCUGGGAAUUGGGUAGCGUGUUUGGAAAUGACUUGGGCGAGCGUGGCUCUGCGGCUUAUAAUCCCGACUAUGCGGGCCUACUCCCAGCCGGAUUGGAGGGACACGAGGACGAGGGACUUGGUCUGCCGUAUCAGUUAACUUUCUUCGUGGACGGGUUCAUCAAACGUGGCGAGGAUCGCGGCUGGUUUAAUGCGCCUGGUGCAAGCCAGAUGCAGGCGCAGCUCAAUGCUCUUCUGGAUGCGUAUGGCAGGAUGGAGACUAUCAAGUUGACACCCAUGCCAGUAGCUCAUCUAAUUCACCAGAAGCAGGUUCUCGCCUUGUUUGGAUGCGUUCUUCCAUUCGCUAUGGUCGACGAGAUGGGCUGGUGGGCUAUUCCCAUCGUCAGCCUGGUUAUCUUUACCCUCUACGGUAUUGAAGGCAUUGGCUCCCAACUGGAAGAUCCAUUUGGCUACGACCGGAAUGAUAUCAAAAUGGAUGCUCUUGUCGGCGAUUCUAAGAUGGAGAUCGAUACCGUUUUGACCGAGUGGCGCAAUCACUCCAAGGCAAUGGAUGGUUUCCGUGAAGGGCAGAUCCAUGGAGAUCGGUGUCAGGAGAAAAAGUACACCCCUCCUGAUCUGUUCCUCAAGCUCAGAACGAGACCGAGAACCUCGAAUUGA